AUGUCUAAAUACUUUAUUGAAUUUAAGAACAAGGCUGGAUUAGGUCAAUAUUCGACAUUCUGUGUCUAUCAACAGAUGAAUGAUGCCGAAUAUAUAGACAGUGUAGCCUGGCUCGUUACUUCUGUACCUGGUGGUUCAGCAUCUACUGUUUCUUGGAAGAUUGGUAAAUAUAUGGUCGCUUUAGCCGAAUAUCGAUUAAAAGGACACAUUGGCAUUUAUCAUACCAAGCAAAGUGCCACAGCAGAAAUUGGAUCAGCUUGGCAGAUUAUUGAUUAUGAUGGCAAAGAUUCAGAAACACAAACACUUGUGCCCUUAUCAAGUGGAGGUAGAGUUGAACCCGAUACAAUAAAAAUUACUAACAACUCAACUUCAUCAGCAAAUUGUGGAGUAGGAAUGUGGGGCGGUACAACAGCUUUUGAACGAAAUGUACAACGCAAUUCUACAUCAGUGUUUAAAAUUAAGCCACAAUAUUGGGUUGGAGUUUUUGAUAUUGAAAUACAGAGAGGUCAAGUGAUCGAAGAUAAUGCCCUAACUUCAAAACCGAUUUCAUUUCCAUCUGACAAAAAUUUAGCAAUUGUUACUGCUAUAGCUGAAAAUGGAAAAGUUGUUCUUACAGUUGAAUUUGGAGAGAGAACAUCAGAUUCAUAUUUUAGAUCCCUUCGAGAUUUUUGUGCGAAACUAUAUGAAAUUAUAUUUAUAGUACCGAUUUCUUUUAUUAAAAACUGCUUCAUGUUCGUUUUUGAAGCUAUUGGGUCAAGUAAAAAAAAGAACUAA